CACUUCUUUAGGACACUCACACCCAGGAGUUACUCAUAUGCAGGGAUUAUAUAUACACACACAACACCAGUACCGCUUGUUACAGCUACGCGUGAUAUUAUAGAUACAACACUAAGGGCCGAGACGCAAGCCGAGGCCGGGGCCGGGGUUCGAAGGACGGGUGCUCGGCGCGGGGCAAGUUAUAAAGCUGCGGCGCCACGGCUGUGUUCCUGUUACGUCUGUGUUAAUGCCGUGAGUGAGUGGUGACCAGUGACCCGCAGCGCACCAUGACCAGACGAAAGCGACCCGCAGCUAUGCCUUCCCGUGGAGAGGAGAUCCAGAGUGCCCUAAAGGAGCGCAUUCUAGUAAUUGAUGGAGCCAUGGGCACCAUGAUUCAGCGCCACAGUUUGGAAGAGAAUGAUUAUCGAGGCCAGGAAUUCAUAGAUCAUGAUUCUUGUCUGAAAGGCAACAAUGAUUUGCUCUCCCUAACACAGCCUCAAAUCAUUCUUGAUAUCCAUAAGGCAUACUUGGAAGCUGGUGCAGACAUAGUGGAAACUAACACAUUCAGUGGAACAAAAGUUGCCCAGGCUGACUACCACCUAGAACAUAUCUGCUACAGAUUGAACUUAGAAUCUGCUAGACUGGCCAGACGUGCAGCAGAUGAAGUAUCAGAAUCAUCAGGGCGACAACGAUAUGUGGCUGGUGCAAUGGGUCCCACCAACCGCACUCUUUCCAUCUCCCCAUCUGUAGAACGGCCAGAUUAUAGAAAUAUUACUUGGGAUGCUUUGGUGGAAGCCUAUAUGGAGCAAGCUCGAGGACUUCUGGAUGGUGGGGCAGACAUCCUUUUGGUGGAGACUGUCUUUGACACAGCAAAUUGCAAGGCUGCCCUUUUUGCCAUUCAUACCCUGUUUGAAACAGAGUAUGAACCAGUACCUGUGUUUGUGUCUGGUACUAUUGUGGAUAAGUCUGGUCGUACUCUCUCAGGCCAGCUGGGAGAAGCAUUUGUGAUCAGUGUGUCCCAUGCAAAUCCGAUGUGCAUUGGACUUAAUUGUGCCCUGGGUGCAGUAGAAAUGAGACCAUUUAUUGAAAACAUCAGUCAGAACACCACUGCAUUUACUAUCUGCUACCCUAAUGCUGGAUUACCCAACACAUUUGGGGAUUAUGAUGAAACCCCAGAGACUACUGCUAACUUCCUGUUUGAGUUUGCCAAAGAUGGCCUUGUGAAUGUAAUUGGAGGCUGCUGUGGAACCACCCCUGAUCACAUCAGGGCCAUUGCAAAAGCUGUAUCUACUAUCAAACCCCGUUGUCCUCCCUCUGCUCUCUAUCCAGAUGCUCAGCAGUUGUGUGGACUUGAGCCAAUGAGAAUUACUUCUGAGACAAACUUUGUCAAUAUUGGUGAAAGGUGUAAUGUUUCUGGCUCAAAACGUUUUUGUCGACUGAUCAAGGAAGGACGAUAUGAAGAGGCUCUUGCUGUUGCAAAGACUCAGGUUGAAAAUGGUGCCCAGAUCCUUGAUGUCAACAUGGAUGAAGGCCUUCUGGAUGGACCAGCAGCAAUGUCCCGUUUCCUCAAACUAAUAUCCACAGAACCAGACAUUUGUAAGGUACCUAUUUGUAUUGACUCAUCAAAUUUUGAAGUAAUUGAGACUGGUUUGAAGGUAAUACAAGGGAAAUCUGUGGUAAACUCCAUCUCCCUGAAAGAAAGUGAAGAAGAUUUUAUUUGUAAAGCUAAGCUAAUCAAGAAGUAUGGAGCAGCAGUUGUAGUUAUGGCUUUCGAUGAAAAUGGACAGGCAGUGGACAUAGAUGGCAAAGUAAGAAUUUGUCAGCGGUCAUAUAAGAUUCUAGUGGAAAAGGUCGGCUUCAACCCAAAUGAUAUCAUCUUUGAUCCUAACAUCUUAACUGUAGCCACUGGAAUAGAGGAGCACAGUGUGUAUGGCAUCAAUUUUAUUGAAGCUACCAAAAUAAUUAAGGCUACCUGUCCUGGAGCACGAGUAAGUGGAGGAGUGAGCAACUUCUCUUUCUCAUUCCGUGGAAAGGAAGUGAUGCGUGAAGCCAUGCACUCAGUCUUUUUGUACCAUGCUAUUAAGGCUGGGAUGGACAUGGGGAUUGUAAAUGCUGGCUGUCUGCCUGUGUAUGAUGACAUAGAACCUGAGCUGUUGAAGUUGUGUGAAGCACUCUUAUGGAAUACUGAUCCAGACUGCACAGAAAAAUUACUAGCUUAUGCUGAAAAGAGCAUUGGUCAGUCGAAAAACAUUGCUGUCCAAGAUGACUGGAGAACUAAAAGUGUUGAAGAGAGAUUGAAGCACUCCUUGGUAAAGGGAAUAGAUAAGUAUAUUGAGGAAGAUACUGAGGAAGCUCGUUCAGAUUCAGUAAGAUACCCUAGGCCACUGAAUGUCAUUGAGGGUCCACUUAUGAGUGGUAUGAGUGUGGUAGGGGAGUUGUUUGGUGUUGGAAAGAUGUUUUUGCCGCAAGUCAUUAAAAGUGCACGAGUCAUGAAGAAAGCUGUUGGCUACCUCAUUCCGUUCAUGGAAGAAGAACGAGCUGCAAGGAUGAAUCAUUCAGGAGAUAAUGUAUCAGAAAAUGCAAGAUACAAUGGCACCAUAGUUUUGGCCACUGUGAAGGGAGAUGUCCAUGAUAUUGGGAAAAAUAUUGUGGCAGUAGUGCUAGGCUGCAACAACUACAGAGUUCUUGACUUGGGUGUGAUGUGUCCCUGUGAUAAGAUCAUACAGUGUGCCAUUGCAGAGAAAGCUGAUGUCAUAGGACUCUCGGGACUCAUAACUCCUUCCCUUGAUGAGAUGAUCCACGUUGCCAAGGAAAUGGAGCGAGUUGGCCUCCAGAUUCCUUUGCUGAUUGGGGGAGCUACAACAUCUAGAACUCAUACUGCUGUUAAGAUUGCACCUAAAUACAAAAAUGCUGUGGUACAUGUGUUGGAUGCUUCCAAAAGUGUGGUGGUGUGCUCAUCACUACUGGACAGAAAGCUUUACGAUGAUUUCAUUGACGAUCUCAAAGAAGACUAUGAGAUGAUUAGAGAAGACCAUUAUGAAAAUCUGAGGGAGAAAAAAUACGUCAGCCUUAAUGAAGCACGAAGUCGUUGCUUUAAGAUUGACUGGAAAACAGGAUUUCAACCAGUUGUUCCUAAGGUAUUAGGCAUAAAAGUGUUUGACAAUCAUGACCUGUCAUCAUUGGUGCCAUACAUUGACUGGAAGCCAUUCUUUGAUGUGUGGCAAUUACGUGGAAAAUAUCCUAACCGUGGCUACCCAAAAAUCUUCAAUGAUGCCACAGUUGGAGCAGAGGCUAAACAUGUAUUUGAUGAUGCCCAAAAGCUCCUGUCCAGGAUCAUCUCCCAAGGCAGCUUGCAAGCUCGAGGAGUGGUUGCAUUUUUCCCAGCAAACAGCAAUGGCGAUGACAUAGAGCUCUACGAAGAUGAUUCACGAUCUAAAGUAAUGACUAAGCUUUUUGGUCUCAGACAACAGGCUGAAAAGGAGGCCCAUGGUUCUUUCUGCUGCAUCUCAGAUUUUAUUGCUCCAAAGGAAAGCAGCAUCCAAGAUUAUAUAGGCAUGUUUGCUGUCAGUACUGGUUUUGGAGUCGAUGCCUUGUGUGCACAAUUUCAGAAAGACUAUGAUGACUAUAGUGUUAUCCUGGUGAAGGCUCUGGCAGACAGAUUAGCAGAGGCAUUUGCUGAAGAACUCCAUGAGAGAGUAAGAAGAGAUUUAUGGGGCUAUGCUAGCACUGAAAACCUUGGGGCAGGUGAUCUACACAGAGUUAAAUAUGAGGGGAUCCGGCCUGCUCCAGGGUACCCAAGUCAGCCUGACCACCAAGAAAAAAAGACUAUGUGGAAGGCAAUGAAAGUGGAAGAACUAACAGGUAUUGGCCUUACUGAAGCAUUGGCAAUGACUCCAGCCUCUUCAGUCUCUGGCCUGUACUUUGCCCACCCUGAAAGCCACUACUUUUCAGUUGGAAAAGUAGAAAAAGAUCAGGUCAUGGAUUAUGCUAUUCGCAAAGAAGCAGAUGUCAUGCAAGUGGAAAAAUGGCUCAGCCCUAAUUUAUCCUAUGACCCAGCAGAGGAGUAAGUUGAGUUGAUGAGCACAAGGAUACGAAUAUGAGUAGUUGACAUGUAACUAUAUGUAUAUAGAAUAUCAGUGAGAUAAUAUGCAGAGGAGUGGAAGAAAAAGAUUUGGGAGUGACCAUCUCAGAGAACAUGUCACCGGAGAAACACAUCAACAGAAUAACGGGACAAACUAUGAAUUUGCUGAGGAACAUAAGGACGGCAUUUGUGUAUUUGGACGAAGAGAUGAUGAAGAAAAUAAUAGUUACAAUGAUAAGGCCAAGGUUGGAGUAUGCAGCAGUGGUCUGGUCUCCUCACAAAAAGAACAUAAGAAAGCUGGAAAGAGUACAGAGAGUGGCAACGAAGAUGGCACCGGAACUUAGGGAUCGGACUUACGAGGGGAGACUCAAUAGCAUGGGGCUCACAACCCUGGAGAGAAGAAGAGAAAGAGGAGACCUGAUAGUGGUGUACAGGGUGGCGAGUGGGGUGGAGAAUCUGGACAGAGAGGACCUGUGUGUGUGGAGCGAGAGAGAAACGAGAGGACAUGGAAAGAAGUUGAGGGCGACCACGUGUAGGCGAGAUGUGAAAAACUUUAGCUUCCCAAACAGAAGCAUUGAGCUAUGGAAUGGACUGGAGGAGGUGGUGUUUUGUGCAAGAAACAUUCAUGAUUUUAGGGAAAAGUUGGAUAAGAGAGGAUAUGGAGACGGGACAGCGCGAGCGUAGCUCUUUUCCCGUAUGUCACAACUAGGUAAAUACACACACACACACACACACACACACACACACACACACACACACACACACACACACACACACACACACACACACACACACACACACACACACACACACAUAUUCAUAUACACAUACACACAUGCACGCUCAAUGCUUACCACUUCCUACAUGUCACCCAACUGGCUGAGGUUUGCAUCACACUCAGGCCACUAAAAAAUUUUGCUGGCAGGAGCACCCCUUUAGCAAAGGGGAUGGGUGUGUGGCAUGUGAGGUUCCAGCAGCAUUUAUAGAUUGGUUCUCCCAGCUCGAUUCUCCCAGCUCAAAAAAGAGCAGCUUCAAGGAGGGUACUGACUGACAGUCACAAGUUCAGCAUGUCAUCAGAUCUUGAGUGAAUAAGGCGGGGUUCCCACUAUUCCAUUUUGACGGAUCCGUCGACGUUAAUGACGUCAAAAUGACGUCAGCGAAACAGCGGCCGCUCGGCACGGAUGAUCCACUCCAUCAGUCCAUCGCUUAUCAUUUGUUGACAGACAUAUGGACAGUAUUAACCACAACUUUUUGUAUACGUUAUUUUGUAGCUAAGUACCUCUUUCAUAUUUUCAUGAUAUCUAGGAUAUUCAUUAUCACUGAACUGGCACCACCACCCCUUCCCCGGAUCCAAAAGUUAACGAGUUCAUCUCUGGACGGGCUCCGCGCGGGGCCCGGGCUCCGUUGAUGAUGUCACUGACGGGUGAUGGAUCCAUGAAAACGAAAUAGUGGGAACCCCGCCUAACACACACACACACAAAAAAAAAAAAAAAGCAACACUUUACACAAAAAAUUAGGAUAUGUAUCAUUGAGUGUUCAGAGCAGCAAAUGAUUCUCAUCUAGGGAUGUGUGCAUCUACUUGAGUUUUAAUAAAUCUGUUUCUAUUAACAAUUUUUUCAAUAAAAUUUUAUUUAACA